AUGUUAUUCUUUCAAGAUAACCUAUUUCAAACAAGUGCACGCUUUGAUGAUAAAACCAAAAGACUAGUAGUUGAUAUAAAAAAUGAAAGAUCAAUGAUGAAAAGAUAUCUCCCUAAAUUAGCUAAUAACAACAGCAGAAUGGCGUCACAUCUUGCUACCCAUGUGUCAACUGUAGUUCUUGGACUGCUGUUCAUACUGCCUGGUAUAGUAAAGACAGUGCGCUUGAAUACAGCACUUUAUCGGGAAAUGUUAAAGACAUUCAAGAAUUUCACUGAAGUAUCACCACUACGGCAUAUUGGAGUGAUACCUAGUCCUCAGAUCUACAUGCAAUCUAUGGGAGUUUUCGAACUAUUGCUAGGAACUACGUUAGUUGUUGGACAUGUAUCCUUCAAGAAAUUCGCUUGUCUUGGAAUUAUGGCCCUUAUGCUGCUCACAACGUAUUGUCAAGUCGCCUUAAAAGAUUACAGUGCAACCAUUGUGCCUUGUGGAUACUUCUGCCUUCUUAGCAGGUUAUAUUUCUCUCUGGAUAAAAUUGAAAGUCGACGACUUUUUGUUCGUCAUUUUUUCUCAUACGACUUCGGCUGGUAUAAUCAUUCUUAUGUAGACGAGGAAUCUACUGACAAAUUUACGGGCAAACAGGAGUACAUAGCCGUAUCAAAUGAAGUUCGGAUAAAUAUAUCGAACCCAAGUGACUUACAAAGUAUUUGCUGUAUUGUUUCGAGCAUUCCAAUCGCUAUCAGAAAUUAUGGAAGAGUGACAUACUGCCAUUACGAGUUUCGUGAUUCUCAUUUCCAUAAGCAUCAGAAGAAUGCCUCAAACACUGUUGACGUUAUUCGCAGUGCCUGAACCUCAUAUCGAAGCCUCCACUUCUGCGGAUAAGAAAUUCCAGGAAUCCAACUGAUAUAUAUUACCAACAAACGUGGAUUCGGAUGCAACGGUAAGUCACGAAGAAGGUGAUGUUGUUUCGACAAACUCGGAAGAAUUCGGUGACAGAAAAAAAAGGACUGUAUGAUUUAUGCCAUCUUGUUCAACCAUCAAGCGGAACGGUACGUUCACAUUUCAGUUACUAACUAGGAAACUAACUUUUUUUAUGAGCCGAUUAUUGAGGAAAUACGGGAAUAGUGAAAUGGAAAACCCUGCAAAAGAAAUGAUUGUAGGCUUGAAACCAAGAGAUCGACAGAAAGCCCUUUUUAAGGCCGCGCACAACUUGAUUUCAGUUUUUUUAUUCGUUACUAAUUACAUCAGUAAAUUACUGUCAUUCGCAUUCCAUAUACGUUUUCUGUAUUUUCUAUGACAGUUCAGC